AUGGCUAACCGGGAGAGGUUGGGGGCACUGACCAAAGGCACCAAGUUCUGGCGCGGCCCCCAGCCGGCCACGUACACCCCGGAGACCUGCGAGCGGCUCAGAGGAGGCCACGCGCUGCCCCUGGAGUGCAGCCCCACGUCCAGCCAGAGGGCAUCUCCUCCCAAGCAGCCUGCCCUGGCCCUCUACCUGCCUCCCAUCCUGGCCACCCGGCCCCAGCUCCGGCCCGCCAGCAAGUGCCAAGCCAACGGGGCCUACGCACGGGAGCAGUUCAAGCCUCAAGCCACCCGAGAUCUGGAGAAGGAGAAGCGAAGACUUCAGAGUAUCUUUGCCACUGGGAAGGAGCCGGCAGAGCGCAAAAGAAAAACCCCUGCACACCAGGAGCCGGUCCCUGAACCAGACCGCUUCGAAGAACUGGUGAAGGAGAUCCAGGACAGAAAGGAGUUCCUGGACGCCAUGGAGGCCUUGGGGCAGGGCAAACAGUACAGAGCAAUCAUCCUGGCUGAAAUCUCCCAGAAGCUCCGGGAGAUGGAAGCUGUUGACCACGAGAGAAGCAAAGAGCUCAAGAGGACUCUUAGCACCACUUAA